AUGUCGGAGUCUCAAUCAGCAGUGCUGUCCCAGGGUGUGGGAUAUGGAGUUGUCGUGGGCAUCGGAUUCUUCUUUACGGUGGUCAUGGCCGGCAUCUCCAUGCUCCAGAACCGAUACACAAACUUCUCUACAAGAACGAGUGAAGAGUUCAACACUGCGAGCAGAAAUGUGAAACCUGGGCUCAUUGCUGCUGGUAUCGUCUCUGCAUGGACAUGGGCUGCGACUCUGCUUCAGAGCAGCACGGUCGCUUAUACUUAUGGUGUAGCUGGACCAUUCUGGUAUGCCGCAGGAGCCACCGUCCAAAUCCUGAUGUUCUCCAUCCUCGCCUGCAAGACCAAGAUGAACGCUCCUCGAUGCCACACAUACCUGGAAAUCAUCAAAGUCCGCUAUGGCACCGUGGCCCACCUUGUGUUUAUCUUCUUCGCCCUGGUCACAAACAUCCUGGUCGGGUCUCAGCUCCUUUUGGGCGGCUCAGCCGUUGUGAGCAGCCUCACCGGCAUGAACGUCUACGCCGCCAUCUUCUUGAUCCCUCUCGGCGUGGUUGCGUACGUUCUACGCGGCGGGCUUCGCGCGACAUUUCUCUGCGACUAUUCGCAUACGCUGAUCCUGAUGGUGAUUAUCCUAUAUUUCAUGUUCCAGGUCUACUGCACCGACGACCUCAUCGGCUCUCCAUCUCGCAUGUUUGAGCUGCUGAAGAAGGCGGCGACUCUUCGACCAGUGGUCGGCAACCAGGACGGCAGCUAUAUGACUUUGAAAUCCAACAACGCCUUGAUCUUUGGCGUCAUUCAGCUCUGUUCUGGCAGUGGUACGGUCUUCUUGGACCAGGCAUACUGGCAGAGAGCCAUCGCAUCCCGUCCGACCACCGCCGUCCGUGCAUACAUCCUGGGCGGACUGGCAUGGUUCGCUAUCCCCUUUGGCUUCGCCACGACAUUGGGAUUGGCCUCGGUCGCACUGACCGACAACCCUGCCUACCCGACAUAUCCAAACGCGCCCUCGUCAAGUCAGAUCUCGGCUGGCCUCGCCUCUGCAUUUGCCGCGAGCACCCUGCUCGGCAAAGGCGGCGCCGUGGCCUUGCUGAUCACGCUGUUUAUGGCCGUAACAUCCUGCGCAUCUGCGGAAUUGAUCGCCGUCUCCUCGAUCCUCACCUUCGACAUCUACAAGACGUAUAUCAAGCCCAAUGCCUCGCCCAGCAAUUUGAUCUUCAUGGCCCACGUCAACGUUGCCGUCUUUGGCUUGAUCAUGGCCAUCUUCGCCAUUAUCUGGAACGUCAUCGGCAUUGAUCUGGGCUGGUUGUUUCUGGUCAUGGGCCUGCUGAUCGGUGGUGCCGUGUUCCCCGUCGCAUUUGCCAUCACGUGGAAGGGGCAGAGUCGGGCCGGUGCCAUCGCCGGGGCUGUGAGUGGUCUUGCCGCCGGCCUAACCGCCUGGCUCGUUGAGGCAAAAGUCUACUACGGCGAGCUCACCCUGACAACAACGGGUUCAAACUACGCCACAUUGGCCGGUAAUCUCGCCGCCAUCAUGACCGGUCUGAUUGUCUCGGUUGUGGUCUCUUUGCUCAAGCCUGACGACUAUGACUGGAGUACGACGCGAGCCAUCAACGCAGCGGGCUCCCACGGUGCUCUAGAACGAACCACCCCCCCAUCGGCGGAUUCUUCCCGGUCAAGCACCUCGCAGAACUCCGGCGGUGCAGUAACCAAGGACAUCAAAUCUGCCAGUGACUCACCGUCCCCGGCACAGAUCUCGUCCGCGCUCGCCCCCUCAGCGGCAGCCGACGAAAAGCACCUUGCGACAACCAUGAACCGCGACGCCGACCCCAUCCGUGCCGACGAGGAACGUCAGAUGUCCCUGGACGCGGCCAUCGAAGAGCACCCAUCGCGGCUGCGCUCGGCGUUCAAACUCGCCUGCAUCGCCUCGUUUGUCUUGCCCUUCAUCAUGGACUUCUUGAUCCCCAUCCCGAUGUUCCUGAGCCACUACGUGUUCUCGGUCGGGUUUUUCACCGCCUGGGUCGUCAUCAGCUUCAUUUGGGUCUUCAGCUCUGCCUUGAUUAGUGUCGCCUUGCCCAUUUGGGAGACGAGAGGGUUCUUCGCCAUGUUGUUCACAGAGGUCACCGGAGACAUGAGGCGAGGAAAGAAGUCUGCAUGA